CGCGAGCAAGAGCCGCAUGGAAACCCUAGUUUUUGCAGUGGGUCAUAUAACUCCGAGUAGUGUAGUUUUGCGGUUUACGUUCAAUAUUUUACCAAAGAACCUAUCUUCAAUGCUACGAACUUCAUAAACGAUGGAAUAAAAGGCCGAGCUACGAGUACGAGAAACAAUAUGAAGAAUCUAGCGUCGGUUUUAUUAUUAACAACAACAUUUCUCAUAUCGUUUUGCCAUUCUCGACUGAUACCAGAUUUCGCCGAUUACGUUUGGACGACAGGUGGUUGGGAAUCAUGUUCGGCUUUACAAGAAGGAGGAUGCGGAUCCGGUACGCGCGAGAGGAGCGUAUGGUGCUACGAGCAAAGCUCCGGGGAUGCGGUAUCUCCGGAAUUUUGCAAAAACAAAGAAAAGCCUGCCGUACAGAAACCCUGUUUUAUCGCUUGUAGACAUCACAAGGACGAUUUAGAAUGGAAAGUCGGCGAAUGGGGGCCAUGUUUGGUAGCCGAGAAUCAAAUUCUAGAAUACGGUACAGGUUUAAUGCAGAGAAACGUGAGCUGCACACUGAACACGCACGCAUCUUACGACAUUAAUUUAGAAAUCGAUGACGAGAAUUGUUACAAAGUUGGCCCUCGACCCGAGCCCAUUCAGCAAUGCUCACUUCCAAUACGUCAGAAUUGUUUGACCACUGAGUGGACUCAAUGGACGCCUUGUUGCGAAGGGUCGCAGUUCAGAACGAGGACUAUUCUAGUGCCACCGAAAAAUGGCGGGAAAGGAUGUCCAGAGACAAACGAAUGGCGAACGUGUGAAAUUGAAGACGAAUCCUGUUUCAAACACCAGCACGGAUUACGACUUAGGAUAGGACCUUGGGGAGAAUGUAUACCAAAAAUGGAUCCCAUGCAAAGUGGAACUUUUUCAGCAUACGAUAAUGGUAUAGCAUUCACUCAUACCACAGAUUCUUAUUAUAAACACCGUCCAAAUGUUGGAACCCAAACGAGAGACAUUGAUUGUUUAAACGUCACAUCGGAAGUAGUCUCAUUGAAAUACUGCGACACUAGACCACUACCUUCGCGAAACCGAGCUUGCAUAAUCCCACAAGAUUGCGUCGUAAGCGAAUGGUCAGAUUGGAUCAUUAAACAAGAAGGAUGUGUCGAUUACACUGGCAAAGUUAUCGCCGAAGAAGCCGAACGCCAACGUUAUAUUCUGCGAAUGCAAGAAGGGCAAGGCCUAAAAUGCCCUCAUUUAACGGAAUCUCGUUCGCGAAAAGAUCGCUUACCCUUAUGUACCGACAAAUAUAAAUGGGAAGUUUCUAAAUGGAGCGUUUGCUCGGAACCAAUUACUUUGAAACCGGUUCAAUGCGGAGGAGGAAUCCAAACCAGGAAUGCUACUUGCGUAGACUCGAAGAGUGGCCAACCAUUGAUGAGCAAAUACUGCAAAUCGGUCGAGAAACCGCCAUUGAUUCAGAGAUGUGAAAUGGCAUGUCCUCGAGAUUGCGAAGUCAGCCAGUGGGGAUCGUGGGGUGCUUGUUUACCCUUACAGUGCCCUGUAAAGAGUGACGGAACUGAAAGCACUCAAAAAGGAGUCAGAAAACGUUUCAGAAGUGUGCUAGUCCCUCCUAGUGAAUUUGGCAUGGAAUGUCCGAAUUUGAGCGAAAGUCAACCAUGCACCGGAGUCGAAUGCUUCACUUGGAAUACCGGAUCUUGGGGUAGUUGCCAACUCGAUCCAGGCCUCACGAAAUGCGGUUCCGGCAGACGAACCAGACAAGUAUUCUGUGUAACUCAUCACAAAGAAAUCGUAGAUGAAACGAAAUGCCACGCUUUGGGCAAACCAUCAACGGAGGAAUUCUGUGUCGUGCCUUGUGCUUUCGACUGUGUAGUUUCGAGUUGGUCUGACUGGAGCCCUUGUACGAAAUCUUGCAGUGGUGGAGUCAGGGUGAGAAAUCGAUCAGUGAUAGCUCCUCCAGGACCAGGAGGUCAUCCGUGUCCAGCUCAGUCCGAUAUGAAGCAAUUUGAAAAAUGUAACGAUUUCGGCUGCGAUGGAUACAGCUGGCUCGCUCUACCAUGGCAAGAAUGUAACUCUACUUGCGGCAGUGGGCUGCAAAAUCGUGAAGUUUGGUGUAUGAUCAAUAAUGACGAAAGAGUCGAAGACAAAUACUGCGAAGAAUUACCAAAACCGAAUGAAUAUCGUUCUUGCGUUAAAGAAUGCGAAACCGAAUGUCAAGUUUCUGAAUGGUCUCCGUGGUCUAAAUGUCCCAAACAAACAUGCUUCCCAAUAAGCAGCAGGCUACACUUUUCUGAAUCUGAAGAAGAACAAUUUUACAAAAGACGCACGAGGGUAUCUUUAGACGGACAAUUCUGCGCUCAUUUGGAAGAAAAAGAACCCUGUGUAACAUCUGAUCAAACCUGCCCAGUUUAUAAUUGGACCAUUGGUGACUGGUCUGAGUGUCAAUUGGCUGAAGAUUCUCAUUGUGGCUUUGGUCUUCGUGUCAGAGAAAUACGCUGCGUGGAUACCAAAACAAAUCGUCAAGCCGAACUUCGAGAUUGCUUCAAAACGACAUCUCCGAUUCCACUGAGUGUUCAACGAUGCCAUAUCGAUUGCCAUACGCCUUGCCAGUUGACAGAAUGGAGUGCAUGGCCUCCUUGCCUGGGCAAAUGUUACAAUUUCCGUCACAGAACAAGAGAAUUAAUAGGUGAAUCUUCAUUGCACAAAACUUGUUCAUUUAUUCCUUUAACCGAUGUUGGCGAUUGCCCAUGUAACGAAUACCACGUCGAGCCUUAUGGAGAUUGGGGAGCUUGCAUAAUAAAUGAAACUGCGAUUUGUGGAACCGGAGUUCGAUAUAGGGGGAGAGCCUGCUACAAUCAAUUCGGACAAAAAGUCGAUCCCAAAUUUUGCGAAGAUUCCGGAAUUGAAGAAGAACCAUGUAUGAUACCGUGUCCGAUAGAUUGCCAAUUAUCUGAAUGGUCUAGUUGGAGCGCAUGUAGCACUCUUUGUGGACCUGGGAUGCAUAAUCGUGUUCGAGAGAUAAUCGUGCCUCCCAGUAAUGGAGGAAGAGCUUGCGGAGCCACCAUACAAGAAAAACCAUGCAAUCUUCCUUGCAGCAAUUUCCAAUGGCAGACAAGCGGUUGGACCGAUUGUGAUCAACUACCAGAUACCGGUUGUGGAAAUGGUAGAACGAUGAGAGACGUUUGGUGUGAAGAUAUCAAAACACAUAAAAUGGUAGACGAGCUAUUCUGCGACUGGAAAAGUAGACCAUUAAGAGUAAACUUAUGUCACAUCGCUUGUCCCGGAGACUGCGUCCUGAGCGAAUGGUCAGACUGGUCAUCGUGUUCGAAAGAAUGUACAAAAGGCGAACAGCAACAACGAACGCGAUCAUUACUCAGAAAUAAAUCAGCCACCGGGGCCAAAUGUCCGCAUUCGAUCGAAACAACAGAAUGUGAACUCAAUAUGACCUGUUUCACGUACAGAUGGGCUUAUACGCCAUUUUCAUCGUGUCUUCCUCUAGGAGGCAGUCCUUGCGGCGAAGGCAUCACAACAAAAGUUGUAUAUUGCAAAAGAAUCGAUGGAAGAGCAGUCGAGGACAGUUUCUGCGUCGAUAUGAUUAAACCGAGUCCGGAAGAGAAAUGGUGUUAUAUCGAUUGCCCAGUAGAUUGCGAAGUAGAAGGCUGGUCUUCGUGGAAUAUUACAGAAUGCAAAUGUAACGACACCGGAGGAAUGAUAAGAGAACGUAUCAUCAAAACAAGCGCAAGUCCAACAGGAAGACAAUGCCCCACUGAGAAUACUCAAUGGAAGCCAUGUCCACCGACACCUUGUUAUAAAUGGGUCGCCGGAUCUUGGUCACAUUGCCAAUUACAUGGUGGAUCUUGCGGACACGGAGUUACCAACCGCAAUAUAACGUGUAUACGAGUAGACGACUUCGAACCGGUAGACAAUGUAUUUUGUUCGUCAUUAGGAGAACAUCCCACCACCUGGGAGCAUUGCUUCAUACCUUGUAACAAUGACUGUCAACUUUCACAAUGGAGUGAAUGGUCGACAUGUCACGGAGAUUGUAAAAAAGAUCGUAUAGGAUAUCAAACUAGAUCCAGAACAGUUCUUCGUCCACCUCCUUUAAGCGUCGGUAAAGCUUGCCCAGAACCACUUUGGGAAACGCGUGAUUGUGAUAUUGGAUCAUGUCCAGAAUUCGAAUGGAAAGUAACCGAAGCCGGAGAAGUGAUUUGCCAAAGAUCGGAUGGCGUUACUUCGGAAACCGGUUGUGAUCAUUCGUCCAAACCUAGCGCAAAAUGCAUUUACUUCGAAGGACGUUGUUUAUGUACUGAAAACAUUGAUUUCAAAGCGAUCGAUGGAAAUUGUCCAGAACAUAUGCAUGAAGUUGAAGCUUUGAUUUAUUCCCAACAUGUAGAUGAUGAAAUGUUUAUGCAAUUAUCUUUCGAAGAAAUUUGUGUAUUAUUCGUAACAACCGCCAUCAUAGUUUUCGGUCUCAUACAUUCCGGAUGCUGUUAUCAUUUCUUAAGAUCAGACAAGAAGAAAUUAAGCGGCUAAACAUUCCAUUUUUUUAUACUAUGUUAGCUAGUGGUAGACAUUUUCCUUAGCAUUUUAUUAAAACGACGUCAUCGUGUUUUUCCUUUUUUUAAACGUAAUAAAUUUCGUUAUUUAUGUUAAGCCAUUCUUUCAUGAAAUUCGUUUUAAAGAAUCAAAUUAUUUGUACAUUUUUUUUGUUAUUACCAAUUUCUUGCUUAAAGCAUUGGUUGGUUUUUAUGUUUUUUCUUGUCCAAAAAAUAUUUUUGUUAAAUUGCAUUUUGUAUUUAAAUAAGCUGUUUUGUUUUACGCUAAUUAGCUUCUGAAACAAAUGUAUUUCAAAAGCAUAAAUGAUUUUCGUUGUUCACCAGUAAUUUAAACUUGUUCGUUUCGUUUGUAAUUGGGCUUUUUUAAAUACCUAUUUAAAUUAUUAAGGCUUAUUUUUUUCCUUAUUUUUUUUUUUUUUGUAUACAAAAUGUAUCGUUGAUAGUGAGCUUUAUGUUUCAGUUGCUUAAUGAAAAAUUUAUAAAUGUAUUUAUCUUAUGGUCUUCCAGUUGACCUGAGUGGCCACGCAAUAUCGUCAGUUUAUAUAGGUUUACCUUUUUUUUCUUCUUUUUUUAAAUGUUAUCUAUGUUAUUUAUGUAUAAAAAUUCUUAUCAGCAUGAAUUUUCGUUGUUUUAGCUUACAUCGUCGUUCUUUUUUUUUGUCUGUUUCUAGUUUUUAAAAAAACGUGUAAUUAAAUUAUAGGUUAACAGUACAUAUUGAGAUAUUAUAAUUAUAACAGGGUUUCCCAAUGUUAUUGACAAUACUUUUAUAGGUUUACAUAAAUUCGUGUAAUCCUGAAAAAAAUCUCAACUUAUUUCGUUCCGUGUACUCCAACGCAUGGAAAUGAUCGCUUCGAUUUUUACAAAUGAAACGAACAGAUUUGUUUCAGAAUUAAAAUUGCAUCAGUGUUGCUGUGUUUAUUAUUUUGAUGUUUUAUGUAUCUAUUUGUUUUGUAACGGAUCUCACUUUGAGUAAAGAAUUGUUUGUCUCAUGUUGUAAAGUGAUCGAAAUGUUCCUAGGCGGUUUAAAAUUAGUUCUAAUUUUACUAUACUGCCGUUUCACAUAUCUGUAAAUUUAAUAUGGCCGUCGUCGCUAUACAUAUCUGUCCUACUAUGAAAUUGCAAUACAAAUCUUUGAAACGAUUUUUUGUUAUAUUAAAUUUAUACGAUUAGGUAGCUCGGAAAUGGAUAGAAUGAUCGUCAUAUAUAUGAUAUAGAUACAGCAACGUGUAUGUUAAUAACGAUGAAAAUUUUAAUUUUAAUUUCUUUAUUUUAUAUACCUAGUUGUUUCUAAGUGUGUACGUAAUCAUGAAAUAUAAUCUUAUAUUUAUUU